AUGGCGCGCGACGACCCGCACUGGAGGCCCAGUGCGCGGGGCUACCGACGUGACGAUCGGUCUCCUGCUCGAGGAGGGUACCAAGGUUACCGUGCACGCUCGCGCUCGCCACCGCGUGGCGAAGGCCAUCGCACGUUUUUGCGUCGUUCGCCGAGCCGUUCGCCGCGCGCGAGACGACGUCCUUCUUCUCCGUACAGCCGCAGUGGCGAGCGUAGGAACGACGACCGGGGGAUGCGCUCGUGGGAUUAUGAUGAACGCUCGAAUGAUGGAUGGCCGCGAAAUCGUGAUCAUGUAUACGAGCGGCCACGGCCACGUCCUGCGCCGUACCAUCUGGACGAGCCGCAGGAGACGCGCGUGCGCCCUUUGGCUUACACAGACUCUCCUACCGUGCGCGAGCCACGGAGGAUGCCGCCGCGCCCCGAUUCGCGCGGCGACACAGGGCCACCGCGGCGGACGAGUCGUCCGGAGUCGUUCCAGCCGCCGGAGCCGGAGCCGGAGCCUGUGCGCCCCAAGCUCAAUGUCCCGAUCAAGGUGCGCAAAGGGCCCAGACCGGGUACACUUGCACGGCGGAACCGUGUCAAGCCAGCACCGCUAAAGGAGCGCCGGUUUGUGGGGUGCAGCACACUGGACCAGUACGAUCUCACUGUCAAGCUUGGCCAGGGUACGUUUGGUGAGGUGAAGCAAGGAAAACAGGUGACUACGGGAAGGGAUGUUGCUCUCAAAAAGGUUACGAUUUACGAGGCGCGCGACGGAAUGCCGAUUACUGCAUUGCGUGAGAUCAAACUGCUUAAAGCACUGCAUCAUCCGCACAUCGUCCCUGUCAUCGAUAUGGCGUACAAGCCAGCAACAGAGCGCGGCAAGAUGGGCGACGUGUAUAUGGUCGAGCCAUACAUGGACCACGACCUGAAUGGGCUGCUGGACAACCCGGAUAUUCACCUACAAAUGAAUCAGAUCAAGCUGUACAUGCGGGAGCUGCUCGAAGGCACCUUGCACAUGCACAAGAAUCAUAUCCUACACCGCGAUAUGAAGGCGGCCAAUCUGCUCAUCGACAACGAGGGCCAGCUUCAAAUCGCCGAUUUUGGUCUUGCGCGGCCGUUCCACGAUCCGACACAGGCAUGGCGUGGGCGGGGUUGGAAGGGGAGUAGCCAAAACUACACAGAUAUGGUGGUCACACGAUGGUACAGGCCGCCGGAGCUGCUGGCGGGGCAGCGUAACUACGGGCCGCCUGUCGAUAUGUGGGGCGUCGGCUGCAUUCUCGCCGAAAUGGUGACUGGGAAGCCCAUUUUCAAGGGGGCUUCUGAGAUCAAUCAGCUCGAGCUGAUUGCAGCGCUCUGUGGCUCGCCCAACGAAGACAACUUUCCUGGCUGGUCCAAAUUGCCAGGGGUGAAGAAUGCCACUUCGUCGGGGCGACCCGAUACGAACCCCAAUACAGUAGGACGCCAUGACUUUGGCAGGCACCCGCGCAUUGUCAAGCAGCAUUUUACAUCGACGGUCGACGUGGGGCGCGAGUGUGCGGAUCUGAUCGACAGAUUGCUCACGCUGGACCCACGCAAACGCCUUACUGCUGCCGAAGCACUCGAGCACGAAUGGUUCUGGACAAAGCCGUAUCCCGCGGACCCAGCUUCCUUGCCCAAGUAUACGCCGUCGAAGGAAAUCGACCGCAACAAGCGCGAUCGCAAAGUGCCGAGACAAGCGAAUCCUGCGCCCUUGCCUUUGCAGCCGCCCUUGCCUUUGCCGCCGCAGCAAGCCGUGGGAAGUGCAGCGUACCCGGCAAUGCCCAGGAUACCUAUUGCAUCCAAGCCGCGAUCCUACGAUCGGCCAAAUGACCAGGGAUGGUACAAUCCAUCACACGGAACGCGCGAUAGUCGCGGUCCAUCCAAGCACUACUAA